CCUUUGGGUGGUGGGCCAUUCUUGAUACACACAUAAAACUGUUGAGUGUGAAAAACUCAGCAGCGUUGCAGAAAUUGACACACUGAAACCGGUGCACCAGAAACAAAUGACUUUCUUCUGAAACUCGUCAGUCUAUUCUUGUUCUGACAAAUGAAGGCUAUUCCAUGCGAGAAAUUGCCAAGAAACGGAAGAUCUCCUACAACGCUGUGUACUACUCCCUUCACAGAACAGCACAAACUGGCUCCCACCGCUCCAUCCACAGCCCUGAAGACCUACAUGCCCUGUCUCUGACCCUGGUGAUGAUUGGGAAAAUGGAUGUCACCGGAGCGUUUGGAUUCCUCUAUCUGUAUGGCACGGAGCGCUUCCCCACAGUGGUGUACAAUAUGGCUUUGGGUGCCACCUCGAUGGCUACCAGAAUAGGUAGCACUGUGUCUCCAUACAUCGCCUACAUGGUCAUGUACAACAAGAUACUACCCUACAUGCUGAUGGGAGCCACCACAGUCAUCACUGGUGUGUUGAACUUUUUGCUACCAGAAACAAAAGGAGAGGAACUACCAGAAAUGAUCAACCAGGUCAAACCCUAACAGGUUAUUGGGCUUGUUCGACAUUGCAGCCAACAUUGCAGGGGACUGAUUGAUCUACAAAGAACCUUGCAUCAUAAAUAACUACUCAUUAUUAUUAUUAUUUGUAGAUCAGUCAGUCACAAUUUACCCAUGAUACACUACGGUUUUGAUCCUCUGAACACUAGACUUGCGUUGCCAGUCACAGAGCGGCAGAUAGGCGUGUCAAGAGAUACUACUGUAAGACAUUUUACCUUUUCAGUCUAUUGUCCCACCUCUUUAAACAGUCCUAUCUCGCCCUCUAGCAUGGGCAUGAACAUGAACCAGGAUUCUCGGGAUGGCCUGAAGCAGAAAGGAAAUGCACAGGUGAAGAAUGAGGCAAGCUGUCCUGGUGAGGCAAGCUGACCUGGUGAGGCAAGCUGUCCUGGUGAGGCAAGCUGUCCUGGUGAGGCAAGCUGUCCUGGGACCUCUGACAGGACUGCCUUAUAUCCUGAUGGGCCUCCCAACUGACUGCUAACCUGAUGAUUAAUCUACUGCUGCCUGAGACACAAGAGACUGACCUGAUGAUUAAUCUACUGCUGCCUGAGACACAGGAGACUGACCUGAUGCCUGAGACACAGGAGACUGACCUGAUGCCUGAGACACAGGAGACUGACCUGCCAGAGGACCUCACCCAAAUACAGACAGUCUACUGCUGGUGAGUCUGAUACACACACACAUGCAUUUACACACACACAACCUAAUACUAAUAACGUUAUCUCUUUAUUUAAUCACUUGUGUGUACUGUAGGUGCUGGCCCAGAUGUAAGCACAAGGAAAGGACCUGUCAAAAAUAACCAAAAUAUUGAUGUGGUAAAGGAGCAUCAGCUCAGAGGAGAACGGUGUAUAAACCUAGAUUACUGUAUUCUAUACUAUUAUAUGCCACUCUGACAUUGCUCGUCCAAAUAUUUAUAUAUAUA